UUUAGGUUUACUAUUUAUAGUUUCAUUUCUGACCACACCUACUCACUACCGCUACUACACAACUUUGAAGCUUCUCAUGGAGGAAGACGGAGUUCGUGCCAAAGUCUCUCGUGAUGAAGACGGAGGGAAACGAGUUCGUGCCAAAGUCUCUGGUGGUAAAAUUGCUGAAGUUGAUGAUUGGCUAAGAAAUUUGCCAGAAUCUUUGCUAUGUCAUCUUCUCUUGAAUCUUCCGACAAAAUAUGUGGUCAAGACUAGUACCUUAUCAAGCCAUUGGAGACAUCUCUGGAGGUAUGUUCCUGGUCUGGACCUGGACUGUCGUGAUUUCACGGAAUACGAUGAAGUUGCCGGUUUUAUCGAUAGCUUCCUGAGCUUUAACAAUGGUGAGUCGUCCAUACAAAUGUUUAAGUUACGUUACCAUAGUGAACUAGGUGGCGAUGUGGACGAGGAGACUGAUAACGCUAAUCUCACCCGGUGGAUCAACACUGUUGUUAGGCGAAAAGUUCAGCACCUUGCUUUGUCGUGGGGUGAAGUGCCGAUACCUCCAACACUUUACAAGUCUGAGAGCUUGGUUUCUUUAAAGCUCUCUGAUGCAGUCUUGCCAAACCCUGAGUUUGUGUCUUUACCCUCUGUUAAAGCUAUACUUCUAGAGUCCGUUAAGUUUGCAAACGAUUUGGCUUUCGAAAAGCUGAUCUCAGGCUGUUUUGGUCUCGAAAGGUUAACUCUGUAUAGAAGUCAGAAUGACAAUGUAAAAGUGUUGAGGGUGAGAUCUAUGUCUCUACUCAACUUCGAUUACAACGGCUCAACUUACACGGGUCCUCAUGAAGAUCUAGUGGUUGCCAUAGAUGCUCCUAUGCUUGAGGAUCUUCAGCUCUCUGAUCAUUUGACUGAGAGUUUCAUAAUAGAUAAUAUGAGCUCACUUAAAGAGGCGGAUAUUGAUGUUCAGUUUAACUUCUGCUUUGGGAAGAAGUUCGAUCCGAUCGAUAUACCGAAGAGAAACAUGAUAAGGAAUUUUCUUGUGGCGAUUUCAAAUGUCAAAAACAUGAUCCUCUCUCCAAGUACUCUUGAGGUCAUUUAUGAGUACUCAAAAUGUGAACUGCUGCCCUUGUUUUGUAACCUAUCUUCCUUGAGUGUCUACUUCUACAACCACAGCUGGGAGAUGUUGCCAGUCUUUCUUGAGAGAUGCCCGAAUCUCAAAUCUCUUGUUGUGGAAUCUGCUACAUUUCCAAAGGACAAUACUCGUAUUUUGACUAGACCUUGGCGUCUCCUAUCAUCUCUGGAGUAUGCUGAGAUAGAAUCGCCAUUGGAAGGGGAAGCGAUGGAGAUGGAAUUACUGAGUUACUUACUUGAGAACUCACCAGUCCUCAGGAGACUCACUCUAUAUGUGGAUAAAGAUUCAAACAAUGAAUCUGUCAUCCUCAGGGAACUCCUUAGGAUUCCAAGGCUCUCUAGCUCAUGCCAAGUGUAUGUUCUCGAUCCUUAGUAACGGACACACUGGCUCUCUAGCUCAUGCCAAGUCGGUGUUCUCUAUCCUCAGUAACGGACAUCCUGGCUCUCUAGCUCAUGCCAAGUCGAUGUUCUCUAUGUCAAGUCGAUGUUCUCUAGCUCAUGCCAAGUGGUUGUUUUUAUGUACUUUAUUAUGUGAACUCUGUGUUUACUUCUUUAUUGUUGUGACUUUGAUGUGUUGUUGUUGAUCGUACAAAGAUCAUAUGCUUGUCUUAACUGUUACAAUAUUGCAAAAAAUGGAAUAAGGUUUGUGUAA